AUGUUGGCGACAGCAGUGGCCAUUGCUCUGUUUCUGUGCCUGCUGGUGGUUGUGGGCAAAGCAGGAAAGGCUGGAGUCACCAGAGACGACCUUGGUGCACUGCACAUCAACACCACAGAUCCCAUCAACGAGCCUGUGCUUGUGAACGGGGUGGAUGUGCACAGGGAACUAUCGACACUGCUAAGCGUGGAUGAGGUGCACACGAGCAGCUUGGAAGCGCAGAAGGGCGUGAACGAUGCUUUGGUGAGCACUGUGAGCACACAGGCGAGCACGUUGGAAGCACAGCAGAGCGUGGAUCAAGUCCUGAUGAGCCGCAUCGAAUCGCAGACGAACGUGAACGACGCGCAAGCAUACAUGUUGGACGCUCACAAGAGCAGGCUGGACGCACAACAGAGCAUGAAUGAAGCACUGGCCAGCUCGUUGGCCGCUCAAUCGAGCAUGUUGGAAGCACAGCAAAUCAUGAACGAAGCACUCGAGCGCAAACUCAGGCAGCAGGAGCGACAACUGUGCCCACUGCUCAACCCGCCUUCAACGGACAUCACCACCCUCGCCAACAUCGGGAGCGGAACCGAAAAAUGGCGCGGAGGGGUGUUGGGUGGCAGCAACCUUAUCUACGGCAUUCCAUACCAUGCCACAUCCGUCCUCAUCAUCGACCCAGCUACCAACACUGUGGACACAACCACCCUCUCAGGCCUCAGUUCCUUCGGAAGCAAAUGGGGAGGCGGCGUCCUCGCAAACGAGCUCAUCUUCGGCUUUCCACAUCACGCUUCUUCUGUCCUUGUGAUCGAUCCGCUUUCAAACACGUUGGAGUUCAUCGGUGGCGUGCCUACUGGCGGGGACAAGUGGAUCAGCGGCGUGGCAGCAGACAACGGCCUUAUCUACGGCAUUCCUUGGCGUGCAGGCUCUGUGCUCAUCAUCGACCCUGUCGCUCGUGUCGUUGACACCACAACCAUGACUGGAUUUGGAGACGAAGUUGACAAGUGGUAUGGCGGCGUACAAGCAGACAACGGUCUCAUUUAUUGCGGGCCAGACAACGCGGAAGCGGUCCUGAUCAUCGAUCCAGUCACCAACACAGCCGACAUCACGUCCAUUUCCGGCUUGUACGGGAGUUUGAAGUGGCAUGGCACUGUGCUGGCCAAGAAUGGCCUCAUUUACGGCAUCCCAGUGAGCGCCACAUCCGUCCUCAUCAUCGACCCAGCCACCAACACAGCUGACACGACGUCCAUCUCCAGGGUCCCGAGCGGUGGUGACAAGUGGCGCGGCGGUGUUCUGGCGCCAAAUGGGCGGAUCAUUGGCAUCCCCUACUCUUCCACUUCCGUGCUCAUCAUUGACCCUGUCGCCAACACAACAGACACCACAUCAUUGCCGAUUCCAAGUGGCAGUCGCAAGUGGUGGGAUGGGGUGCUUGCAGACAACGGCCUGGUCUAUGGCAUACCGCACGACUCUCAAACCAACAAUGGCCUCGUUUACGGCAUUCCACGCAACGCAGACGCUGUGCUGGCCAUUGACCCAAGCUGCUGA